AUGGCUCUGAAAAUGCUGCUAAGAAGCUCUUCAACACCGGUUCUUGGAUCCCUUCUCUCAUCUUUCUCAGACACUCCUAACAGUCUUGAUACCAAAAAGCACUACUCCAUUCACCACCAAACCUUCAGUAGCAGUAGGUCUCCUUUUCACCAAAAUGGCUGUCUCCAUCUCAACACUGUCUCUUGCAACUCCUCUCCCAUCUCUCCUUCUAUUGCUGAAUUCUCUGACUAUUCCCUUAAAGGUCUUCGUCGAGCUCAGUCUGAAGGUAACCUUGAAGGACUGGCUUAUGUUUCUUGCAGUAAUAAAGAAGAAUGCCCAAAUUCAAGCCUGCCCAAGAAGGUUUCAGCCAGACAAAAGUGUUUGAUGUUAGAAACUAUACCCUCGUUUUCGCUCUGUAAUUUGAGAGGUCGCUAUGAAGAAGAGGAUGAUGAGGAUUAUGAUGGGAGUAACUUAGCAGACGAGGAAGAGAGAAAACAAGUGGAAGCAAAUGCGGCAAGGGAAAGUGCUCCCAUUGGCUUAGGUAAUAAGAUGGAGAACAUGAUUUUGAGUGAGCAAGUGGGGGUACUUGCGGAUGGCAGCUUGAAUGUGGGUUUUGAAUGGGAAAGAUGA